UUUUCAAAGGAACAUUUUCCGUUUCUUCCUUCGUUCUCUCUUUCAAGACCUCAUUCACUACUCUCUCUCUCUCCUCUCUCACUCGUUCUAUAUCUAUAUCUAUAUGUGUAUAUGUAUAUACGUAUCGGCAGAUGAAUGGAAUGGUGAAGAGAUUUCAACAGUUUUGAUUUUAUCAGAUCACAGAGAAACUCAGAGUGAAGAAGAAGAAGAAGAAGAAGAAGAGGAAAAACAACUAGUUUGCUUCCUUUAGAGACCUUUCUUUGUGAUUCGGUUCGUUUCUCUUUUGCUCCGCUCCGCUCCGAUCCUUCCGCCGAGGAUGCCGAACCCCAACGAGCGCCCACUCCAAGACCUCUACCACCACACCCAGAUGCUUUUGGAACCAAAGAUCACACCAGUCUUGAGAGGGAGUUAUCGCAUGCAAGGGCCUUCCGAUGACACUGAUCAUGAUACUCAGAGGAAUAUGGUUUCUUCUAUAUCUGAAAACGAAUGUAGUGAACAUUCCAUGAGCCAUAAAAUUCCUAUGAGAGGCGAGUCUGGGGCUUGUAACGUGUGUGCUGCUCCUUGUUCAUCGUGUAUGCAUUUUAAUCGAUCUCUAAUGGCUUCAAAAACUGAAGAAUUUUCUGAUGAAACUGGCCGUGUAAAUGUGGCUAGCCAGUACUCUGUGAAUGUGGGUGACACUUCGUCUUCCUUUAAGAAUAAGACAUGUGACAGUUUACAGCAAACAACCAGUGAAACAAGCAACCUAAUGAGUGUUAGUUCUAGUCAUGAUUCGUUAUCUGAAAAUGCUGACAGCAAAGCAGCCUUAAGAUCUUCUGAUAAUGCUUUUGACAUUGAGGUGCCUCCCUUGGUCUCUGCUGGAAUUAAUGGAGAGAUUAGAGUUUCCCCUAAACCAGUUCGUGCUUCAUGCACUCGAGAUUUCCCAAAUAAGUGUGAGGAUGCCAAAGUUGUAGAAGCUCACGAUGAUGACAUUUCAUGCGUUAGUAGAGCUAAUGACGCAUAUGUUGCAGUCAGUAAUAGUAGCAAGAAUGUAGACAGGAGAGCCCUGUCAUGUAGUUCAGCUUCAGUUAGUAGUUUAGGUUUAGAAGAAUCAAAAAAGAGACAGGAGACACCAUCUUCAAAAGAUGCAGAUGCUAGUAGUAGCUACCCUAAGGAUAAACUAUUUGAUUGCACUUCUGAACAAAUUGGUGCCUCAUCAAAAGAAGUGGCAGCUGUUGAUGGUGUAUCUUUUCAGAAAUCUCUUGCCCAUACUGAUAGCAUUAUAACAAUAUUACCGAAGAUGGAAGCGGAGAUCACUAAUGAUGUUCAGGAAUCAACCGACAAAACUUUGAAAUGUGCAGCUCAAGGCGAGCAAGAUGAGAAGUCAAGUGAAUUUGAUGUGCGGGAGCCUCCUUUGCAAACCAAAUCUGAUGAUAGUGAUGAAUCUGACAUUGUGGAGCAUGAUGUCAAAGUAUGUGAUAUUUGUGGGGAUGCUGGCCGUGAAGAUAUGCUAGCUAUAUGUAGCAGGUGUAGUGAUGGCGCAGAACACACCUAUUGCAUGCGAAAAAUGCUGAGGAAGGUUCCUGGAAGUAAUUGGAUGUGUGAAGAAUGCAAGUUUGCUGAAGAAAUCAAUAGCCAAAAGCAAGAAGUGGAGGGAAAAAGAAUGAGUAAAGCCAGUUCUAGUGCACAAGUUCCUUCCAAGAGACUUGUAGAAAAUCUAGAAGCAGCCCCUGCUGCAAAAAGGCAGGCUCUUGAGACAAGUUUAGGAUCACCAAAGUCGUCCAGCCCUAACAGAGUGGCAUCGUUAUCACGCGAGUCUUCAUUCAAGAACUUAGAUAGGGAGAGAUCAAGGCCUGUACAACCGGCAUCUUCAGGCAAGCAAUCUGAAAUGCUGGAAGUAUCACGCCCUCCUGCAGCUGGUCAUCGCAUUCAAAAGGGAACACUGUUAAAGUCAAAAUCGUUUAGCAUCACAAAUUCCAAACCAAAAGUUAGACUUGUAGAUGAAGUUGUUCCUGAAAAGCUAAAGGGAAGUAAAGAGCACAUAUCUCUUGAUACGAAGGAGAGGCCUGGAAGACUGAUAAGCAAAUCAAUGUCAUUUAAAUCUACUAACAUGGGCCGCUCAAGUGCCGCUGAUUCGAAAGUAAAAAUGCUUUCACCUAGGUUUGUUCCCCCUGUUGAUCUAAAAGGAUCAAAACAAGUAAGAGAGCGGCCUGCAUUUGAGAGAAAACAUUUGUCCAGACUAGAUCGCCCCCCAGUUAGCUCAACAACUAGCUCUACUCCUUCAACGCCUAAGUCUGACCAAGCAUCUCGUGUUGAAUCCAGUUUGCUUUCUUUUGCAAGUAAUAAUCGAGAUUCAAAGGUUCAUUCCGAAGGAAAAUCAAGCACAUCAAAAUUAACGGGUAACCUAGCUCGUAAACCUGUAGAGACCCCCGUUUCAUCAGUUGGAGUUUCUUCUGCUAGUGGAGUUAGUAACUCUGGCGCUGAAGCAAAGUCGAAUCAUAUUACCCUCAAAGAUGAAGCCUUAUCAACUUGUUCAUUAACUUCUGAUAAACCAUCUAACAAUGUUGAUGGAAUUAUGGAAGAUGGGUUAACUCGAUCACAGGAUGUAACACAACAGACAGAGAAACUAAAGGAGAGCUCUGCUGUUCGCCCAAGGAUGACUGUUUCAACUAGUUCUAAAAGUACCUUCUGUCAAAAAUGUAAAGAAAUCGGUCAUUCUGCAGAGUUUUGCACGGCUGGAAGCUCACAGGCUUCUGGUAUUGAUUCUUCUGGUGCUAGAAGUUCUAGGGAGGAGACACACAAGGGCAGUAAAUUGAAAGAUGCAAUUCAAGCUGCUUUGCUUAGAAAGCCUGAAAUACACAGAAGGAAAAGAGUUGAUCAAGUUGAUGAGCUUUUGACACCAAACACAGACUUGAAUUCAGAGAUAGCCUGUCAAGACCAAACUAUAGCUCUAAAUAAGCCGAAAAAUAUUAUUCCUCCUGAAGGAACACAUGAAAUGCGGCAAGCAGUUCUAGGGAGUAGCACCUCCGAGUCUAUGCAUACAACUGUCAGCAAGAUGAUGUCUCCUACUGUGCCAGCAACAGAUUCUAAGCUCUCUUGUAAAGUAGAGGACUCAGAGGUAGUUGUCCCCACUGUCGUAAAACCUAUGGCGAAGGAUUUUAUUAAUCAUGCACAGGCAACAUCGCCUCAACUUCUGAAGAUGCCAACCAUUCCAGAAUAUGAAUACAUCUGGCAGGGGUGUUUUGAGAUCCAUAGAAGUGGUAGCUCUCUUGAUUUAUGUGGUGGAAUCCAAGCACAUCUAUCAACGUGUGCAUCCCCCAGGGUGCUUGAAGUAGCAGGCAAAUUUCCACAGAAACUCUUACUGAGUGAAGUUCCUCGCUUGAGUGCAUGGCCAACACAGUUUAAUGAUGGCGGUGCUAAAGAUGAUAAUAUUGCUCUUUACUUUUUUGCCAAAGAUCUUGAGAGCUACGAGAAAAGUUACAAGGGUUUGUUGGAUGGUAUGAUCAAGAAUGAUUUAGCUCUUAAAGGGAAUCUUGAGGGUGUUGAAAUUUUAAUAUUCCCCUCCAAUCAGCUCCCAGAGAAUUCACAGCGUUGGAAUAUGUUAUUCUUCUUAUGGGGUGUGUUCAGGGCAAGGAAGGUGCAUUCUGCUGAUUCAUCCAAGUUCCUUCUCCCCAGUUCUAGUAUGAUGUCAGUGGACAAAUAUGAACCUAACGCUGUCGUGACAGUGUCGGAUGCACUCUGUUUACCCAAGUGUAUAGAAGAUGAAUCUCCUGCACGUGACAGAUCUUGUAGUCCAGUCUUAGCUUCUAGUGCAAGUGAUCAGGCAUGUGCUGGAAUUAGUGGAGAUAGCAAUGACCAAAAAGUUUCUGAUCAGGCAUGUGCUGGAAUUAGUGGAGAUUGCAGUGACCAAAAAGUUUCUGAACCAUUGUGUUCAGGGUUAAAAGCUAACUCAAUUGUGCAAGAUAGUAUAGUUGACGAAAAAUGCACCGGCAAUGUGACCGCCCCGAGUGGAAAUGGAAAGGGAGAAAUUAGUCCUCCAGAGAACAGGCCGGACACAGAGACGAAACCUUCUGCAGUUGUCGCCGGAGUAAACAGCUGUAGCAUAGGCGAGGAACCGCAACUGCAUUGCGAUACCUCUGUUGAUACCAAGGACUACUCAUCUUCAAGAUCAAAGAUUCUUCCAUCUUUAAAUGACGAUGUAGAACUUUCGGAAAUGGAUUGCGAGGAAAAGUUUUUAGAUGGGAGAGUUGGGGCCACUGCAAGUAUUGUUGACGAUUCUAGGGCUCAGUAUAAACCUGAGAUUAAAUUGAAGGGAGAAGAUGAUGGGUAUGUGAAUAAAAAAGUAGCGUUAGGAACGGAUUUGAACAGCAUAAUAGAUGUCGAGUGUUCAUCGGACAGCAUAGGAGUCGAGUGUUCGUCUAUGGAAAGGAAACGACCUCACAUAGAUCUCUCAGAUAGGGCACCUCCAGCUUCGAACGUUGCAAGUCCGAACAUUCAUUGGAAUGGAGUUAAUAAUCUGCUGGGAGAUGAAGAAAUUUUUGGGAAGAGGCGAAGAACCGUUCCAAGCGACGUGUUUGGAUGUGGUAUUCAUAAUUGUAAAGAUUCUCUUGGAGGCGGCGGUGGUAGUAUCGCAUCGAAUCCGAAGAUGAUUCCCUAUUUGUUGGUAACAGAGAAGAGAUGUGUCGAAGCUUGUGAUGAGAAAGUUAUUCCAGAGGACUUAGGAACUACCGAGAGGCGCUUCUUCCCCGUGGAUCCACGUCAGGGGAACAGCAGCUCCGAGGGUUGGAAGAAUAUAACAUCAUUGGGUGGUGGUGGCGGUGGCGGUGUAAACGACGAUCACCGGCUUCACGAUGGAUUUCCAAAUCUGGAGCUUGCGCUGGGAGCAGAGACAAAGCCACCGCCGCAAAGUAAGGCUAUGCCGUUCUUUGUUGGUUUGGCGGACAAGAAAAACAAGCAGGAUAAGCCUCCAGAUAAAGCCGCAGAGGUUAUAGAUGAGGAGGACGAUGAUUCUUCUUCCCUUUCGUUGUCUCUCUCGUUCCCGUUCCCGGAUAAAGAGGAAGCUGUACCAGUGAAGGCAGCAGCGAAAUCGGAGCAGCAGCUACGGCCGCCGCCGGAAAGGCACCAUCAUCACCCUCAUCAUCCUGUGAAUACCUCACUGCUCCUGUUUAGGGGUUUCACAGAAAAAUAGAAUGUACAUUAUUAUUAUUAUAAUUAUUAUAAUAAUACUCAAGUUCACUCCACUUCACAGGGCCUUCGUCUCUGGGGGGCGUUCUAGGAAUCUGUUCAUAUCCCAUACACAACAAGUUACUAAUAAUUUUUCUUUUACCUCUCAGUCAGUCAACUUUGGUUUCUUUCUCUUUCUCUUUCUCUCUCUCUUUUUAUUAUUUGUAGUGUUUUUUUUUUUUUUGGGUGGGUUGUAGGGGGGAAAAGGUUGAUCAUAUCUUGGAUUUUGACUGUUUUUGUAUAUAAAGAGAAUGAUAACCGCCGCCGGCAUAAUUUGGAGACAAUAGGAAAUGAAAUGGCAAAAAUGGACAUCUUGUUCUUUGAGGACU